AUGGUCCUUGUGCUGCUGUUCCCGGUCCUUCUUCUCUUCCUCUCUUUUAUCUACUUCAAGCGAUCCCAAUUACUUCUCCGCGGAACCCCCCGGCACGGCCCGAUUUACCCUCCAUGCCCCCCCUCUUACCCAUUUGUGGGUCACUUAUUCCAUUUAGGGCACAAUGACUUACCACUUCACUUCAUGGACCUCUCCAGAAAAUACGGCCCUAUCUACCGCUUAAGCUUUUGGGGGCAAGAUGUCGUCGUAUUAAACACGGCCGCUCUGAUUCGCGAAGCGCUGGUUAAGAAGUGGGCAGACUUUGCCGGGAGACCCCCGAGUUACAUCGGUGACCUCAUCUCUCUGGGUGGGAAGGACCUUUCGUUGGGAGACAACACUCCGGUGUGGAAGGUGCAGCGACGUCUGACACACUCGUCGUUACAGAGCCGAAUACGCAGGGAUCUGGAGAGUCUGCUGUAUGGAGAGGCCAGAAGAUUAUGUGAUGAUUUAAUGAACAAAAAGGGUGACCCGGUGGAGAUUUCGGAGGAGUUCUCCCUGCGCACGUGCAGGGUUAUCGCGGAGCUGACCUUCGGCACCAGGUACGAGCUGUCAGACCCCUCAUUCUCUGAAAUCCACCGCUGCGUUGUCCAGAUCAUAAAGUUAUGGGAAUCUCCAUCCGUGACGGUGCUGGACUUCAUACCCAUCCUGCGGAAGUUCCCAAACAGAACCCUGGCUCUUCUCCUGAAGACUGCGGAGCGGAGAGAUUCCUUCGUGAAGAACCAACUGGAGAGACACAAGUCUCGACAGGAAUCUAGCGCAUCUGAGGGAGAUAUUCUGGACACAAUGAUCCGCUUCUUCAUGGAGAAAUCCAAAGAUGACAGCAAUGGGGUGGCAGAACUUUCCGAAGGUCACCUACAUAUGUCUGUAGUAGAUUUAUUUAUCGGCGGCACAGAGACCACGGCUUCUUUAUUGACAUGGACGGUGGCCUUUCUCAUCCACCACCCCGAGGCGCAAGAGAAAAUUUAUGGAGAGAUUAUGGGAGCCGUGGGACCUGAUAGAUACCCCUCAUAUUCAGAGCGUAGCUCUUUGCCCUAUCUUAAUGCCACCAUCUCUGAGAUGCUCAGACUGCGCCCAGUGGUACCCCUAGCCGUGCCACACUGCGCUACAAGAGACAGCAGCAUCGCUGGAUACUCUAUUCCUAAGGGGACAAUUGUUAUUCCAAAUAUUUUUGCUGCUCAUCACGAGCCAACCGUUUGGGACGAUCCGACACAAUUCUCCCCAGAACGUUUCUUGGCCCAGUCGGAAGCCCCCCCGAGCCCCAGGGCUCUGCUGCCGUUCAGCGCGGGCGCGCGGCUCUGUAUCGGGGAAACCCUGGCAAGAAUGGAAAUAUUUAUCUUCCUCUCCCACCUGCUGAGGGAUUUCCGCCUCUCACCCGUCUCGCCCGAGCGGCUCCCAGACCUCAAAGGGGUCUUUGGCAUCAACCUCAAGUGUCUGCCCUUUCGCGUCCGUCUCUUGCCCCGCAGCGACCUCCUUUGAGGUUUGAC